AUGGAUCCAACGCUCCUGAUUCUCGACGUCCGGGAGAAAGAGGCGACAGAGCCGAAAGCCCCAAGCUUCCCUCAGAUCAAAUCGUCCACCUCCGGAUUCCCCGAGCACAAGAAGCGCAAAAACAAAGUGUCAGCAUUCAAGCAAAAGCGACAACAGGGCGUACCAUUAGAAGAGCAGAAGACCAAGGUAUUUCUGUCGUCGUCAAAGGAACCGCUCUCUGCCUCGAGCAGCCAACAUGACAUGACGCAAAAAGCCCCGCCGACGAGCCAGAGCUUCGAGUCGAAUGAACAACGAAGGAUAGAUCGCGAGAACGCGCAAAGACUCGCAUCGAUGGCGCCAGAAGACAUCGAAGAGGCUCGGAAGGAGCUAUUCAGUGAUUUGGAUCCUGCGGUCCUUCAGAUGCUGCUGAAGCGCGCAACCCUUGACGUUGAGCCCACUGGCCCAUCACCCUUCGACGAACCCUCUACCAGUCAACCGACACAAGACCAGCCCGAAAUACGGAUCGAAGAUACGUCGAUAAAAUCAACUACAAAAGAUCCUACGCAGAAUAGCCAAAAACCAAGCUCGCCGAAGGGCUCUGCUCGGGUACCGCCGCCCGCGCCCACAGUCACAGAUGAAGCAGACGAAUCUGAAGCAACACACGUUCCGACACAACGCCCUACACACACCGAAUACGCCAACGAUCCCACAUCCGACCAAAUCCUCUCCACCAACACCGAUCAGGCGGGCCCCAAGCCGCACUGGCCGCAGCCGCCCCAACCCGCCGACCUCGACCCCUCGGACCCGAACUUCCUCCAAAACCUGCACGAGAAGUAUUUCCCCUCACUACCAGCCGACCCGUCCAAGCUCGCGUGGAUGGCGCCGCUCCCGACGCCCAACUCAGCCGCCGACCACGACAGCCCGUACCACCCAGACCAAGACUCCCUGCCCAUAUCAGCACUACGCUUCGACUUCCGCGGCAUGCUCCUGCCGCCGCGCAUCGCGCGCGCCAUACCCACAUCCAAGGGCCUGCACCACCACGGCGAGGCGCCCGAGGCCGCCGGCUACACGAUCCGCGAGCUGGCACGCCUGCAGCGCAGCGCCGUCCCGGGCCAGCGCUGCGUCGCGCACCAGACCCUCGGCCGCGUCCUGUACCGCCUCGGCCGCGGCGAGUUCGGGAGGAUUGGCGACGAUGGAGUCGCCGACGGCGUGUGGCGCCAGUGCGAAGAGGGCGCCGUCAUGCGCAAUCUGUACGAGGAGGCCGGCACCGAGGAGGGAAGCGGCCACAGGAGCGCGCGCGCCUUUGCCAUCGAGGCCGUCUGGUUAUUUGAGAAGGGUGGGUGGAAGGAGCGGUUGCGGCGGGCGAAGUGA